AAGAAUGGUGGUAUGUCUCUUCAGGACUAGAUUUCAAGAUCCCAAUCCUUCGCCAUCCUAGCCGAGAGGGUAUCAAGUCGACAUCUGCAGGGGUCAGACACCCUCGGGACCUUCUGAGAGGCCUCCCGGACGCUUCAUUUCUCUCUCUUGGGUUUACGAUGGCGGGUGAAAAGGCUGAGAAGCCAGAUACUAAGGAGAAAAAACCUGAAGCCAAGAAGGCUGAUGCUGGCAAGAAGGCUAAAAAGGUGGAAAAGGUGAAGAAGGUUAAGAAGGGGAAGCCCCACUGCAGCCGAAAUCCUGUCCUGGUCAGAGGAAUUGGCAGAUAUUCCCGAUCAGCCAUGUACUCCAGAAAGGCCUUGUACAAGAGAAAAUAUUCAGCACCUAAAUCCAAGGUCGAAAAGAAAAAGAAGGUUCGUGCCCUUGCUACUGUCACAAAACCAGUUGGUGGCGACAAGAACGGUGGUACCCGAGUGGUCAAACUUCGCAAAAUGCCUAGGUAUUACCCUACUGAAGAUGUGCCUCGGAAACUGUUGAGUCAUGGCAAAAAACCCUUCAGUAAGCAUGUGAGGAAGCUGCGUGCCAGCAUCACUCCUGGGACCAUUCUGAUCAUCCUCACUGGGCGCCACAGAGGCAAGAGGGUCGUUUUCCUGAAGCAGCUGGGCAGUGGCUUGCUACUUGUGACUGGGCCUCUAUCCCUCAAUCGAGUUCCUCUGCGUAGAACACACCAGAAAUUUGUCAUCGCCACCUCCACCAAAAUCGAUAUCAGUGGUGUGAAAAUUCCGGAAUAUCUCACUGACACUUACUUCAAGAAGAAGAAGCUGCGUAAACCCAGACACCAGGAGGGUGAGAUCUUCGACACAGAGAGAGAGAAAUACGAGAUCACAGAGCAGCGCAAGGUUGACCAGAAAGCUGUGGACUCGCAAAUUCUGCGAAGAAUCAAAGCUGUCCCUCAGCUCCAGGGCUACCUCCGCUCUGUGUUUGCUCUCACAAAUGGAAUUUAUCCUCACAAAGUAGUAUUCUGAACUUCUUGCAAAGAACCUAAUUAAAUAACUUGUCAUUUCC